CGUGACUCGUCGCUCUCCGACCAGCCAAUCACAUCCCGCGGUUCAAGGUGAGUCACACAGAGUGCGUGUUGUUGACGGGGCCGCUGGUUUGAAAACAGUGGUUAAAGCCGCCGUGUUUCGUUUCUCCAUCGUGUCUGGACGUUGUUAUCGGAGAUGAACAGCGUCGGGGAGGCGUGUACCGACCUAAAGCGGGAAUACGACCAGUGCUUUAAUCGCUGGUUUGCCGAGAAGUUCCUGAAGGGGGACCGGAGUGGGGACCCGUGCACGGAGACCUUCAGGAAGUAUCAGCGGUGCGUGCAGAAAGCCAUCAAGGAGAAGGACAUUCCGAUCGACGGGGUGGAGUUCAUGGGCCCCAACAAGGAAAAACCGGAGAGCUGAUGGAGACGAGACCCGGAUCGGUCGUCGGUACCGACACCAUUACCGAUUCACUGCACCGACCGGGCACUGUGUCCACGAGGCCCAUUGAGCAUGCGCAGAAGCAUAGCGGAUGAGCUAAUGAAGAUGAGCAGGCUGUGUGAAUGUGUGAUUUUCUUUCUAAAUCUGCUGCUGCUUUAUUUUUUUUGAGUUUAUUCAACAUGGGGAGUGGACAUGCCCGGAUUAACCUCCUUAGGGGCUGGAGCUGGAGCUGAAAUGACUGAUCGAUCGACAAUGGACAUCAAUCAGCAAGUGCUGUUACGAUCAUUUAGUUUGAAAAGUGUUUCAAGCUAAAAAUUUCAACAAAGUGCUCGUUCCCGCCCCUCCAAUGUGAGGACUUUCUGACAUCACCAGUCAAUCACUAGCAAAUAGUCCAAUAUAGCCAAUAUUCAAUAAUGAAAAGUAGCAGCAACUAUUGUGGUAAUCACUUAAUUGUUUAAGACAAUUUUCAGCCCCCUGCCCAGUGUUGAUGGUUGUAGCAACUGCAGUGUGAGGAUUCAGUUUUAUGUCAUUGUAAUCCAAAUUUGUUUGAGUUUUGGAUAUGAAGAGGUCACCUUGGACAAUGGGAACUGUGAUGGACAUUUUAUAAACUAACAGACAAACUGGACAAGUAACUAUGUGAUCAGCCGAUAAUGAAGAUGAUGGUGAUGAUUACAGCCCUGCAGCAGUGGGUUUACUGUUGAGCUUUUCUCCUAUAAUUAUAAAUUUUUACCUUUUUAUUAAAUUUUCUUUUCCUUUCAAAAUACUUUGAUGUUUGUCUUCCCUCUGUAAUUUUCUUUAUUUAAUUUUUUCAAGUAUUUAUUCUUUUGAAUCAGAUCCCAGGUCAAAGGUUGUACAGAAAAGCAGUGCUACCCUGGCAUUUUCCACUGAAAAUAUAGACUUUUAAUUUAUUUUUCUUUUUGUCAUUUUUGAAUCUUGAUCUUUCAUUUCUAUUUUACUUUAAGCUUUUGUUUUCAUUUUCUGAAGCUCAUAUGACUUACUCUUAUUUUGAAAACUCUUUAAUUGUGCUGCAUGCAGGUCAGAAUAGUCAAGCUUAACAGGAGUGAAAGAGUCAAAAAUGAUCAUAAACUGUUAUCAUGGUGGAACUGUCCUGUACAUGUUUUUGUAAUCCAAGGUGAUGAAACCUAAUUUUGCCCUGAGUGAGGUCUCACAGGCAGCUUGUAUAUCACCUCUCAAACAGCAGAAUCCAUUAACCACCUGUAAGACAAAGCAACUGGUCCAGGCAGUUUGAGUCAGUAGAUGUCCUGUGCUGCCUGACAGACUGAACUCGGGGAAACACUGUACUGAAUAAACCUGCUCUGACCUUCGA